GAUACGAUCGCACGAUCCUGCCCGUGAGCAAUCUCCCAACUCAUCUCUACGAAACUGCAGGUUCCUUCUAAGUGCAAUUUUUCUAAAUACUUUUGCACAUAGUUUGCAGUCGCUAGCACAUAGCCUUAUUCGUUCUGAUUACUGUUAAAAGCUGUAAGGAUAUUUUAUUACAUUUUGUCGAGUGAGGCGCAACUCGUCAACGGACCGGCAAGAAACCGUGGUAAGAUACCUUUCUACUUCGUCGUCACAUGUUUUCCUCUUGGUAACGAUGUCACAGACAAGUGAGAAGCGGAAUGUUCCUUCGAUAUUGAGAAGAGUCUUGGCAGUGGAUGCUUUUUUAACGGAUGUCUUUGCUAAUACAUUAGAAACGAUAUUGCCCUUAAGACAACUCAGAAUUCAUUACAAAGUUCUAGAGGUAUCAUGUCAUGGAAUACCUUGGUUAGCCUGUUGGUUAUCGCUUAUUUGGAUAAUGAAUAAACGCAGCUGGUACCAGAUGCAAACAAAUUUUUUAAUAGGAUUGAUCGUUGACAUCAUCUUCGUAGCCAUAUUAAAAGCAUUUACUCGAAGAAGGCGGCCUCGUAGGAAUUCGGAUCCAUUAUUACUAGGUCCAGAUAAAUACUCCUUUCCAUCUGGGCAUGCUUCAAGAGCAACAUUUAUAGUAUAUUUUUUUCUGAGUAUUUGGCCUUUGCAUUUUGUUUUCAUCCCACCUUUGUUUGCAUGGUUAAUUUCCAUUUGCAUCAGUAGAAUUUUAAUGAAAAGGCACUAUCUACUUGACCUCAUAAGUGGUGUUUUGUUAGGCAUUUUUGAAGGUUUCCUUAUAAGCUUAAUCUAUCUCGAUGAAGAAACCUGUAUAGGCUUAAUUUCUUGGUUAACGGAUGAAAAAGUCGAAGGUGGGGAUUAUCAUGUUUGAUAGUUACAUAAUUUUAUCUAAACCUCUCUGAGAUACUCGUUCGAUAUGAGCUUAUUUUAACUUAUCUAAUAUUUUCGAUUGAGUUCAUAUGGCACGCUAAACUGUUCCUGGAAAGGUAUUAAUUAACAACUUUAAAACUUGUUUAAAUUCAUCGUGUAUCUUUACCAAAAUAAAAUGUAUACUUUAAAACA